GGCCCCGGACUCGCUGGGCCGCGGCUGGAGCGGACACGGCAGGGCGGGGGGGAGGUGGCUGCUGCGGCGGAGGCGGUGACGGCGGCAGCAGCGGGGGUGGGAACCGCAGCUGGCCCGGGUGGAUGGAGUUGGAGGGGCGGGGGGCCGGCGGCGUGGCGGGGGGACCGACGACUGGGCCGGGGCGGAGCCCCGGAGAGUCGGCGCUGCUGGACGGGUGGCUGCAGCGGGGCGUGGGCCGGGGGGCCGGCGGCGGGGAGGCCGGGGCCUGUAGGCCCCCGGUCCGGCAGGAACCGGAGCCCGACCCAGACUACGAGGCGCUGCCCGCCGGAGCCACUGUCACUACCCACAUGGUGGCGGGCGCUGUGGCCGGAAUCCUGGAGCACUGCGUGAUGUACCCCAUCGACUGUGUCAAGACCCGGAUGCAGAGUCUACAGCCAGACCCAGCUGCUCGAUACCGCAAUGUGUUGGAGGCCCUAUGGAGGAUUGUGCGAACAGAAGGCUUGUGGAGGCCUAUGCGGGGGCUGAACAUCACUGCAACUGGUGCCGGGCCUGCCCAUGCCUUAUACUUUGCCUGCUAUGAAAAGUUAAAAAAGACAUUGAGUGAUGUAAUCCAUCCCGGGGGCAAUAGCCAUAUUGCCAAUGGUGCAGCAGGGUGUGUAGCAACAUUACUCCAUGACGCGGCCAUGAAUCCAGCAGAAGUGGUCAAACAGAGGAUGCAGAUGUACAACUCGCCGUACCAUCGGGUGACAGACUGUGUUCGGGCAGUGUGGCAGAACGAAGGGGCUGGAGCCUUUUACCGCAGCUAUACCACCCAGUUAACCAUGAACAUCCCUUUCCAAGCCAUUCACUUCAUGACCUAUGAAUUCCUGCAAGAGCACUUUAACCCACACAGACAGUACGAUCCUAGCUCACAUGUCAUCUCUGGGGCCUGUGCAGGAGCUGUCGCUGCUGCCCUCACUACCCCUUUGGACGUUUGCAAGACGCUGCUCAACACCCAGGAAUCCUUGGCUUUGAACUCAAAUAUUAGUGGACAUAUCACAGGCAUGGCUAGUGCCUUCAGGACGGUGUACCAAGUAGGCGGGGUGACCGCCUACUUCCGAGGGGUACAGGCCAGAGUCAUUUACCAGAUCCCCUCCACGGCCAUCGCGUGGUCUGUGUACGAGUUCUUCAAAUACUUAAUCACCAAACACCAGGAAGAUCGAAGGGCUGGGAAAUGAGGUGGCAUCGAAGCUGGGGCUCGGUGCUGCCCUGUUCCUCUUCCUCUGUUACUCCCUCCCUGGCUGGCUUCAGUCUUUCCAGUUCACGGAGGUGGAAAAGGCUUUUCUGAGGCUGCGGGUGUCGUCGCCAACGCCACUUCUUGCCAUUACCUGUUGUAGCUCUCCUGCCCUUCCUUACCCAGUGGAGCUUCCCCCAAGGAAGGGCAGUGUCGCACUUAGCAGCACAAUAUCCACAUCUUCUCGUCAUCCUUGGCCAGGUAUCCUGCUCCAGAUUAUCAGAGCAAGAAGUCGAGCUCUUUCUCCUGGUUCCGAAUAAAGAGGCUUCUUUAAAUUAAAUGGCUUCAUUGGGUUUGUCUUAUAAAAGGAAGCAAAAAGCAGCUAGCUACCUUUGCUUCCAUUCUUAGCAAAGAGUUAAAGGUACAUUGCAUUUUCCUAGGAUUUGCUUCUUCUUCUUUAUGUUGUUUUUGUUUUGAUGGGGAGAAUUUAGGAGAUUAAGGCUGCUUUGGCUCUGUUGGCAUCUGUCGGAGUUCCCACCUAGACUGGUGGGCACCCAGACCCCAUUACCAUCACUCUUCCCUAGAGGAAUGGUAUGACAUCAGAGAGUUCCUGGGGCUUGUUUGUUCUGAUUUAUAGCUCUUAAACUACCAACAAUGUUUCCAUUUUGUCUUUUUUAUCUCAUUUUAGGGCAUUUGCAAGAACUAAAGUUUUACUCUGAAACUCCUGAGGCUUCUAGGAGGAAGUUCUACCAUACCUGAGGCUUUGUGUAUUCUAAUGCUACAAAUUUACAGCUAUGUUUUGCUUUUAUUAAGUGAUAGACUGAGGAACUGAACUUCUAUUUCAAUUAAUACUUAAGUGCCAUUAGGUAAUUUCUCAGUUCUUUGGUUUAUGUGGUCCUAGAUGCUUGGUAAAGCAAAUUAAAUAUUAGACCUGCCUUCAGGGAGCCUGCUAGAUUGGUGUGAAAUUUGAGGAGCCACACUCUUGGCCUCAAGGCUCAGUUCUUUCAGAUUCACAGUAAUUCAGCCUAGACUAGUAGGAGAAAGGGUUUUAUGUCUAUUGGGACUCACUGAUGAAUGAAGAUGGGAAGUGAUUUGUCCUAUUUAUCAUAAGACAGCAUUCUUUUGAUUUCCUUUCCAAAAUUUAUUUCAAACCAUUUUCUCUCAUUUAAAAAGUGAGAUGAGAAAAUAAGAUGCUAAAAAUCCUAAGUAAUGGCUGCAGGCGAUUGACUUAUUUGUGUGUUGACAAGAAUGUGAUGCUAGAGAUCUCAGAGGGGACUUCUGAGGAUUUGCCAUGGGGAUGGUGCCAAGGGAGCACCAGGUAUCUAGUCCCUAGUGCUUAUGUGGAAAUGAACAUAGAAUUGAAUGGGAAAAUGAAGAAAUGGAAUCCUUUGUUUUAACCUUUUUUGUAUCAUGAACCCCUUUUGUAAUCUAGUAAAAACUAUGGACUCCUUAGAAUAUUGUUUUUAAAUGUAUAAAUAUUGAAAUACAGUUGUCAAUAUUUUUUUAAGUUUAUGGACCCCAAUUCUAGAGAACUCUUGUUCUAGAGUGACUUAACUUUAUAUGGCCCUAUCCCCCAAGAGAUGCAAGCCUAUCCUGUCCCUAGUUAUAAUAUAACUUUCAAAAGAAUGCUUACAGAGAUAUCAUGGAGGUAGAAUUAACAAAACUUGGAAAAUUAUUGGAUAGGGGGAGAGUGACAAAUUAUGGAUGACUUGAGGUGGAAAAGGUAGGUGACUAGGAAGCUGGAACUAAGCUUGACAAACUGGAAAAUUAGGAAAGGGUUGAGUUUGGGGAGAUUCAGACUUAGAGCUGGAAAAGGCCAACCUUAUUUUACAGUUAAGGAAACUGAGAGACCAGGAGGUUAAGUGAUUCUCCCAAGGUCACACAGUAAGUUUGAGGUAAGGAUUUGAAAACAUCUUCCCAAUUCCAAGUCCAGUGCCCUAAUAACUUAUACCAUACUACCUCUGCUAAUGAGUCUUAUUGUCCUCUAGACAAAAUAUGAAAAAUUGUAUUCAAUUGCUUUUAAAUUUUUAUUUAUAUUUAAACCUUUUGUUACUUUAAACUUGCUAAACAACAACAAACACGAGCAUUUCUAUAUACACAGAAAAAAUAAAAAGGAAUGUGUCUAAAACCAUGAA